AUGAACAACAAUGAUUUGGAGGCACAAAGUGAGAACAAUGAUUUAGAGGAACCAAUAGAUGUGGAUAUCGAGCUUGAGGAGGAUGAGGAGGAUGUGGUUGAGGUUAUAGGCGUCGGUGGCCAAAAACCUCUCAAGAAGAAGAAGUUGAAAUCAAAAGUUUGGAACUUUUUUGACAUCCUUCCUCUUGGUCUGGACAAAAAGCUUAGGAGUGCUUGCAAGAAGUGUGGGCAACAAUAUCUUGCUGCUAGUAAGUAUGGAACAGGUAACAUGUUGAAGCAUAUUAAAACUUGUCCGAGAUCAGACACUAGAGAUAUUGGUCAAAUGUUAAUUUCUCGUGAUAGUAGCCUGUCAUUUGGCUCUUGUAGCUUUAAUUCUGAAAAAUGUCGUGAGUUGGUGACUGCUUGUAUUGUUAUGCAUGAUUUGCCUUUCCAAUUUGUUGAGUACAAAGGAUUAAGGGCUAUGCUUCAAUAUCUAUAUCCUGAUGUGGAAUUAGUGUCUAGGAACACUGCUAAAGUUGACUCUCUUAAGUUGUAUACAAGGGAGAAAAUGAAAAUAAAAAAUAUGUUGGAUGCAUGUCCUGGUAGAAUAAGUUUGACAUUUGAUCUGUGGACUUCAUUGACUACUGAUGGGUAUUUGUGCCUGACUACUCAUUUUCUUGAUAAGAAUUGGAAGUUACAUAAAAGAAUUCUGAGUUUUUGUCUUAUGCCACCUCCACACACUGGGAUAGCAUUAUCUGAGAAAAUCUUUUCCUUAUUAAGUGAUUGGGGAAUUGAGGAAAAGAUUUUCAGUAUAACUUUAAAUAAUGCUGCUUCAAAUGAUGUCUCCGUGGAUGCAUUGCAAAAGCAAUUGAACUUGCGUGGUUUGUUGCCUUUUCAUGGUGAAUUUUUUUAUUUGAGAUGUUGUGCCCAUAUCAUUAACCUUGUUGUGCAAGAUGGUUUGAAAAGUAUUGAUAAGUCAGUUGAGAAGAUUCGAGAUAGUGUUAAAUACGUUAAAGGAUCACAACAAAGGAAACAAAAGUUUUUAGAAUGUGUUAAGUUAGUAUCGAUGGGAAGCAACAAAGGAUUGUCCCAGGAUGUGGUUACUAGAUGGAAUUCAACUUAUCUUAUGCUUGAAAGUGCUCUCUUUUAUAGACACGCUUUCAACAUUUGGAAUUGA